CUAUAACGCCGCGACGCCGGCCGCUAGCUGCCACAACCCGCAUACGCCCAGCUGCGCGCGGGGCUUCCCCGUCCCAGAGUCUGGCGCCCCGCACGACAGAGAGGAAGGACUGGGGAGAACCACGCGCGAAGGACAAAGCCUGGAAGACAAGGAAACUACUAAACUUCCUGUGCAAGCGAAGUAGAAUUUCAUAAGAACAUAAUGGAAAUUGGCAAAACUGCUGAGAACCUGUAUGCUUGGAUAGUUCCUAACUUAGAAGUUACUUGCAUCUUUACAAGUCCCCCAGCCUUUUGUUAUGAAAAAUUAUGGAGAAGAGAAAACCUAUGGUGGCUGUGAAGGCCCUGAUGCCAUGUAUGUCAAAUUGAUAUCUUCAGAUGGUCAUGAAUUUAUUGUAAAAAGAGAACAUGCAUUAACAUCAGGAACAAUAAAAGCCAUGUUGAGUGGCCCAGGUCAAUUUGCUGAGAAUGAAACUAAUGAAGUCAAUUUUAGAGAGAUCCCUUCACACGUGCUAUCAAAAGUGUGCAUGUAUUUUACUUACAAGGUUCGCUACACUAACAGCUCCACGGAAAUUCCUGAAUUCCCAAUUGCACCUGAAAUUGCACUGGAACUGCUGAUGGCUGCAAACUUCCUAGAUUGUUAAAUAAAAUAAAUUAUAAUAAACUGUUAACUUUUUCAGUAUUUAAUACCUGUAGUUCAGUUAGUAAUUUUUUCAUAUAUAGCAUGUUGCCUGUGUGCGAUUGAACUUUAAAGUUCAUUGCAAAGCAGACUAUCGUCUCUUCUUUUGCAUGACACAGUUGAAAUUUGUUUGCUACAUCAACAGAUUAAGGACAUUUUCACAAAUUGAGAAAUAAACAAAUAUGUCAGUUGCUAAGUAGUUUUGCCUUACCCUUUGGAUGUGAUUUUUAAAAUUAGAGCGGUGGCAAUAUAGUAAAUGCUGAAAUUUAGUCAUAAAUGAACAUAUUCUACAGGUAAAUAUUGGGCUAUGUAUUUUUAUGUUUUUAGUGUUUUGGUUUUUUUUACCUAUUCUGAUCUUAUAGCCAUCAUUACCAUUAGAAUUAUGCAAAUAAUUGCAUUAUAAACAUGUUUAUAACUUAGCCAAAUGUUGAUUUUUUUAUAAUUGUCAAAGACAUGAGUUGAAAUUUCUUAUGUGUCUUUUGAUAAACUGCAGUAUUGUUUAAGUGUAUCUUGUCUUUUUGUUCAUUGCUACAAUUUAAAAACUUUAUUUAAAAGCAGUUUGGCAGAUUACUUGGUACGGCUGUUGGAACAGUGACCUUUUGAACUGUAGCCACAUGGUCAAUAAGUAAAGUACAUGACCUUGAUUUCAUGUGUACUGUGCAUUUUGGCCAAUCCAAAGUACUGUAUUUUCAUUGACUAUAAAGCUUCCUUUGCAAUAUUCGUUCUUCUUA